AUGAACCAAAAUAGAUCAUUUAAAAAAAAUAAUUUAAAUCAUUUUCAAGAUUAAUAAGCUUUGUUUAUUUAAGGAAAAUAAGAAUUAAAAUUAAUUGUUAAGUAAAAUAAUUAGAAUUUUAAUUGUUCAAGUUUAAUAAAUUCAAAUUAUUAAAAUUCAUUAAAAACUUAAAAUAAAAAAUCUUUUAAAACUUUAAACAAUAUUUAAGUUAAAUAAAUUUCAGAUUUUCCUAAGUCAUUAAAAUAAAAAUUACUUAAAUAAUCAAAUAAUAAAUAUCAAUUAGUUUAAUCAUAAAGAGUAGUGUAAAAAUAAAUUUAAAAUUAAUUUGGUUAAUAAGAUAUUCAAAAGAAUUAAGAUAAUUAGUAGAAUAAUGCACAAUAAUAAAUCUAAAAGAAAGUUCAUACUGUAGAACUUUUGAAACUCCCAUCUGUAAAUAAUUGUCAUGGCAAAUUAUAAUCUUAAAAUAAUACAAAUCUAUUUGAUUAAAAAAUAGCUAAAAAAGAUGAAAAAGCUUAAUUAAAAGAAAAUUAAAAUGAUGAUAAAAUAUUUUAAUGUGAAAUUACUUCAAAUAAAAAUGAAUUAAAUAAAAUAGAUUAUAAUAAAGAUGGAUAAAAUUUAACAUAUUAAAGCUCAAAAUUAAUUUAAAAUUAACGAAUUAAAUUUAAAACAUUAAAGUUCAUAAUAAACUUUAAAUAAAUAAAGUGA